ACAUUGUACCAGAUUGCAGUUGGCAUAGCUAGAGGAUUAGAGUACCUGCAUCGAGGAUGCAACACGCGCAUUUUGCAUUUUGACAUCAAGCCUCAUAACAUUCUCUUAGAUGAUGACUUUUGCCCCAAAAUAUCUGAUUUUGGCCUUGCAAAAUUGUGUCCAAGAAAAGAGAGUAUGGUUUCAAUGGCAGAUGCAAGGGGAACUAUCGGAUAUAUUGCUCCAGAAGUAUUUUGUAGAAAUAUUGGAAGGGUGUCCCAUAAGUCUGAUGUCUACAGUUAUGGCAUGAUGGUUCUAGAGAUGGUUGGGGAAAGGGAAAAUGUCAAUUUUGAAUCAAAUCAUAGCAGCGAAUAUUUUCCGCAGCGGAUUUACAAGCAUCUUGAAUUGGACGAAGAACUUGGAAUUUGGAACAUAAGGAAUGAGGAUGAUAAAGAAAGAGCAAGGAAGAUGAUAAUUGUAGGCUUGUGGUGCAUACAGACUAACCCCUCAGACAGGCCGCCAAUAAGUAAAGUGCUGGAGAUGUUGCAAGGGAACCUUGAUUCCUUAGAAAUUCCACCCAAGCCUUUCUUUUCUUCUCCUCCGAGGUUAUCUACUGAGGUCGAUGUGGGUCCCCAAGUUCACUAAUUCCAUACCAGGUACCAUAGAAGAGUGAUUUCAUUGUACUAUAAAGUGUUGGUUGGUAUUGUGUAUCUUUUCAACUGGAUUGUAAUUGAAGUUUGUACCCCAUUUAAAAAAAUAAAAAGGCCUUUCUAAU